AUGGCCACUUUUAUUUCAAACGAUUAUUUCAUACCGAAAGGUAGUCAAUCCAAAUCAACUGACGAUGAAAAGAAAUCCAUUCAAAUUCCUGAAUUGAAGGUUUCAGGUAUAUCAAGUGUUAAAUUCCAGAAAUCUCCCAAAUCUCCCAUCUUUUCAUCUUCAGUGUUUAAAGAUUUACCUGUUGAACCUAUAAAUUACAAUGAUAUCCCACAAUUCUCCAAUAAUAUCAUCAUAGAUAUUAGAUGUUUCAAUCAUUACAUCACUUCAAGGAUAAAGAAUUCCAUUAAUAUUUGUUUACCUUCAACAUUAUUGAAAAGACCCUCUUAUAACUUGCCACAAAUAUUGAAUUCAAUUAAGAUCGAUCAAGUUACUAAAGACAUUUUAUUGGAUCAAUCAGUGAAUAUAUUGUUCUAUGACGAUAAUAGUAAUGAGAAUCAAAUCAGUUUCCAAUUAUUUCAAACCAUUACAAAGUUCUUAAACUACAAUAAGAAUUUUUCUGUGUACUAUUUGAAUCAUGGUUUCAAUAUUAACAAAAUAGAUUCAAAUUUGAUCGAUCAUCAAUUGAGUCCAAUUUCCCCAGUUGGUAAUCAAAAAGGGAAAUUUCCUGAUUUCAAUUUGAAUUUACAUUCUAAAAGUGAAAAUAGUUUACCUUCUUUGUUGUCAGGAUUCCAAUUACCUUCAUCUUCAACUUCAAGUCAAAAGUUUUUAUCAUCCAUGAAAAAUGUCCCCAAGUUGAAUUUGGAGAAUGUUAAAAGUGAUUUACAUAAUUACAACUAUGACUUCAAGUUCGUGAAACUUCCAAUUUCUGAUGAGAAAUUAUCAAGUUUACCCAUUUGGUUAAAACAAAUAUUCCUUAAAGAUAAUGCCAUUAAUUCAUCUAAUGAAAUUCUUAAAUUGUUGAAUGUGAAAUUCAAUAAGAUCGAAUAUAAUGAACAAAUGAGGUUGAAAUUGGCAAUUAAUGAUCAAUUGACUUGUAAUUGUAAUUGUACUCCUUCAACAUUGUGUCCUUCUUGUGAUGGUAUAAAUUAUAAAAUUCCAAAAGGUAUUGAAUAUGGUUUGAAAAAUAGGUAUAAAAAUAUUUUCCCCUUCGAACAUUCAAGAGUUAGAUUGAAAAAUGAUAAUUCCCCUCUUGAUUUGACUCCUAUUGAAUAUCCGAAUCACAAUAAUCAUGAUUAUCUAUCAUGCAAUCAUGGACUUCCAAAUGAUGCUGAUGAUUAUUUCAAUGGUAAUUUUAUUGAGUAUAAUAAAAUUUCAAACUACAAAUAUAUCGCCACACAAAAUCCUUUGAGUUCCACAUACUAUGAUUUCUGGAAAAUGGUUUGGCAUCAUACGAAUUUGAUUGUUUGUCUUAAUAAUCAAAAUGACUUUGUUCAAGUUAAAUAUUUUGACAACCAACAAAUUAAAGAUAUUUCAAUAGAAUUACAAGAGAUCAAAUCUUUUGAGAAUUUCAAUUUAAGAAUCUUGAAACUUUCAAGAAAAAAUAACUCCAAAUUAAUCUACCAUUUAGAGUAUAAAGACUGGCCAGAUUUUGGAGUUCCUGAUAUCAAUUCAAUUCUUAGUUUUAUAAAAUUCAAAAAUAAUCUUAUAAAACAAUUCAAUUUAAAUAAAUCUUCCUUGGUUCAUUGUUCAGCAGGUUGUGGUAGAACCGGUUGUUUUAUUACCAUUGAUCUGAUUAUUGAUUUAUUUAAUAAUUACAAUAGUUCUUCGCUUGACAAAUUCAAUCCUUUGGAUGAGGUUGAUUUGGUUUAUAAAUCAAUUCAAUUCCAAAGAUCCCAAAGAGUUUCCAUGGUCCAAAAUUUUGACCAAUACAUCGUUUGCUAUGACACUAUUUUAAACUACUUGAUGACUAAUGACUAA